UUGGUCAAAAAUAAAUUCUAACUCUUCUUCUUUGUUUUGCAGGUCAUGCACCUUGGAUUCUUCCUCAUUGUGUUGACCUCCACCUCAAAAUCAAAUGCCAAAGAGCAUUUGAAAUAUUGAACCAGUGGGUUUGUUCUGGUGAAGGUUGAAUUUGGUGGUUGUCUGAUAUCUGGAGCCACAUGACGGUCCAGGCUGGAAGGAUCGAGGUGGCGCUAGUUGAAUUUGAGGGUAUGGAGAAUACUAACGGUGUGGACAAUUUCAAUGACCCAGACUACCCAAAUGAGAUGACAGCUUUGAGGGUAGAAAUGCCAGAGUUUGGACCUGGCAGCACCUACUGCAAUUCUGCAAAAGUGUUGUCAUAUAAAGAGAAAACCCCACAAAAUCUGGACAAACCACAAUCACCUGUCCUACCCCCUCACACGAGGAGAGGUCGUGCCAGCUGCGCUAGUCUGAUUUCAAACUGGAAGUUACUUGUGAACAGUGAAGGAUCACAAAGUGAGAUGAUCUUCAGUAAAAUAGCCAAAGAAUACGAGGACUUGUUUAUUGAUAAGCAACCUCUUGAUGAAGGUGAUCAAAAGGUCAUUAUUAACAUCGCCGGUCUUCGCUUCGAAACCCGUUUGAGGACCCUUGACCAGUUCCCAGACACCCUUCUGGGCAACCCAAUGAAAAGAAUGGGCUAUUUUGACCCCAUGAGAAACGAGUAUUUCUUUGACCGCAAUCGCCCGAGCUUUGAUGGGAUCCUGUACUACUAUCAGUCGGGGGGGAAGGUCCGCCGUCCCUCGAACGUACCUUUAGAUGUCUUUGCGGAUGAGAUUACCUUCUAUGAGUUAGGACAGGAAGCCAUGGACCAGUUCCGCGAGGAGGAAGGCUUUAUCAAAGACGUGGAGAUCCCAUUGCCAUCCAAUGAGUUUUACAGGCAAUUUUGGCUGCUCUUUGAGUAUCCCGAGAGCUCAAAUGCAGCCAGAGGGGUCGCACUCAUUUCCGUCUUUGUCAUCGUCAUCUCCAUCGUCAUAUUCUGCAUAGAGACCCUCCCAGAAUUCCGUGAGGACCUGGAGCUUUUUCCGACUGCGGGUGUUUCCUUCAACCAGACGCAUCCUUCAGGUGCUCCUCCAAGUGCCUCUCCCAAAACCAUCACCAGCACCUUCUCUGACCCCUUCUUCAUUCUUGAGACUGCAUGCAUCAUCUGGUUCUUUUUCGAGCUCUGCGUGCGUUUCCUGGUUUGCCCCAGCAAGCGGGAAUUUUUUAACAACAUUAUGAACAUGAUUGACAUUGUCUCCAUUUUUCCCUAUUUCGUCACUUUGAUAACUGAGAUCGUAACCACCACCAAUAAGUCCAACACAGGGCAGAAUAUGUCCCUGGCCAUCCUGCGUAUCAUUAGACUGGUGCGAGUCUUCAGGAUCUUUAAGCUUUCCAGACACUCCAAAGGGCUGCAGAUCCUGGGCCAGACACUCAAGGCCAGCAUGAGGGAACUUGGCCUGCUCAUCUUCUUUCUCUUCAUAGGCGUCAUCCUCUUCUCCAGCGCCAUCUAUUUCGCUGAGGUGGAUGAUCCCAAAACCCAAUUUGUUAGCAUCCCUGAUGGAUUCUGGUGGGCUGUAGUUACCAUGACCACUGUGGGAUAUGGAGACAUGUGUCCUAUUACACUAGGCGGUAAGAUUGUGGGCACUCUGUGUGCCAUUGCUGGGGUCUUGACCAUCGCCCUGCCUGUGCCUGUAAUAGUCUCCAAUUUCAACUACUUUUACCAUAGAGAGAGAGACCAGGAGGAAAAGCAGCCCACGGCUGAGACAACCGAUCAAGUUUUAAAGUCAGGGAACAAUACAAAAUAUGGUAGUAGUUCUUCUCUGAACAAGACAAAUGGGAGCUGGCAGACUGAUAAAUCAAAGUUUUAAAACCCAUAUGGAAACUUCAUUUUCAUGAGUGUGAAUCUCAUUAAACAUAUUCAGGUCAUACUUCACAACAAAAUCAAGACAUUAUAUUUUGCAUAAAGAAAAUAAUCUAUUUUAGUAUCACUGCAAGUUUUAUCAUAACAAAUAAAAAAUCAUUCCAGUUCUCAGUAAUGCAUCUGGAUGUUUUACCUUAAUUAUUUUGUAACUGUUAUUAUUCUCAAUGGCGAUUUUCAUCAGGUUCUCAUUAAUGUAGUAUUUAAUUUAUCAUUAUCAUUUGAAGUGCCCCAAUUAUGCCAUUUUUAAAGCUCCUAAUAUUGGUUUGGGAGGCCCCUACAACAGGUUUACAUGCAUGCAACACUUUAAUUUUCACAUAAUAUACAUUUAAUUUCACCGCAUUUCUCAAUGAUUCACACGAAGCAGUUCAAAGAUUCAGUCUCUAUAAACCCCUCCUUUCCGUGAGCUUACUCUUCUCUGAUUGGUCAGAUGGCCAGAUCUUUUGUUACUGGUCUACUGCAUAAAGGUGAAAAAAAGUAAAAGUGAAAGUCGUGACAUCUGCCAAGUAUGGUAACUCGGAAUUGGUGGUCUGCAUUUAACCCAUCCAAGUGCACACACACAGCAGUGAGAAGUGAACCCACCGUGAAGACACAUCUGGAGCAGUGGGCAGCUAUAUUCAUUCCCCACCCACCUACAAUUCCUGCCAGCACCGAGACUUGAACCUAUGACCUUUUGGUUACAAGUCCAAUUCUCUAACCAUUAGCCCACAGCUGCCCCUUAAAGGAUAGCUCUGUCAGAAGUGGUAUAGAGCACGUGUCAGAAACAAAAUGCUCAUUGCCAUGACUGAAUGACAGCUCCAUAGAGAAUGUAUGGAGAUAAAAGGUGGUAUCAAUUUUACCUUAUAAAUUCAAGCCUGAAUCCGAUGUUGAAACGUCUUGUUGAUCACUGUCGGCUUGACAACUUUGCAGAUAUUUUAAAUUCACAGACCGCUACAUUACACACAGCAUGAAAGGCAAUAUUCAAAAUGGCAUAUUAGGGGCACUUUAAAUGCUUUACAACAAGUACUUCCAAGAUUAAUAAAUGAAUGUUCUUCACAGGUUUUGUGAGAUUCAGCCAAUAAUGUCAUUAUUAGUGCUUCAGCAUUUGCUAGAUUUUAUUUUAUUUAUUUAUUAUUUUUUUUAAAUUCUCUGGAACAGAUUAUUAUAAAUGCUACCUUACUUGAAUGAUAUGAAUGUGAUUACAAUUUCUUUGAAAACAAAAGUAACAGAAUUUAAAUUUCAUGUUAGAUAUCCAUCUGUGUUGCAUAAUCCUUUUAUUAAAUAAUAAUUCAAACUAAACCAUCUCAUAAUCUCAUAAACCUACCACAUCCGGUCCACUAUGUGUAAUUAAAUAUUACAGAAUCAGCCUGAAAAUUAAAUGACAACUGCACUGUUAUCAAGUGUGUUUGGGUGGCUUAAUGCUUCCACCAGCAAACUACAAUUUUGGGUAACCUGCAAAAUGACACUUUUAACAUUUAUCUCUAAGACCAUUGUCUCUAUGUAUGUUUUUCUAAUCUAAUUCCAAAUUAAGUAGUGUGUUUCAUAAAUGUAUCAUUUUGCAUUUGAAAUUAUAAUCAUUAUGGUUUGUUGUGGCACUUUAGAGGAAGCUCAGCCAAUGAAGAGGAGAAAUGCAUUCAGAGUUUUCCACUUACAGUCCAUAUUCAUUUCUAUGAGCUUAACAGUGCCUUUGACUCAGAUGGGCUGAACCUGUUGUAGGCAUGCUGUCAUACAGGUUUUAUAUUGAGAGAAUUUCCUUGUAUUAAUGGUGAGUGUUGCCUUGAUUCAAAUAAAUAUAUAUUCAUAGACCUAACAAGACUUCCAAGUCUUGUUCUCUUUGUCAGAUUCAACAGUUACCUAGAGAAGGUUAGAGAAAUGAAGAAUUUUCUUUGAGAAAAAUGUCCUGAAACAAGAUAAAGACAUUCAUUUUUUGAUCAUUUUGCUAAAUAAGUGAAAGUAUACAACAUUUUGUUGGAGAGAGAAUCAGGGAGCUAUGAGCCAAGGUCUCGCUGUAUUAUAUAAGUUGUUUUGCAAAAUCUUGUGAAUCUUAGUGAGCUGUUCCCCAAGACAUACUGGAAAUAAACACAUAUUUUCAUUGUGUUUUUGAUGUUAUAACUGCUGCUAUUUUAUAUUUACCUGAGGUUACGUCAUAUCAGUUUGAAGAAGUAGUGUGUCAUUGUUAAUCUGACAUUCAUUUGCACAUUUUGCCUCUAUAUUGAUAGUUCUUCUAACUGAACAUUGUGGUUUGUGCUAGAGAAUGAACUGUACAUUUGUACAAAUCCUUUUAUUCUAUAAUUAGAAUCUAAUGAGAACAUUCAAAGCCUUCAAAAUAUUAAUAAGGAAUCUUCAGGAACUUGCAAAUCAUGUGCUUAGCCUGAAACUGAUCAUAUUUGGUUGUAAAUUUAUGACUGUAAAUAAGUGACAACAUAAAGUAAUUUAAUAUGUUAAUAAUUGUGUACUGUAUGUAUUCAAAUUAUGCAUUGUGUAAUCGUUGCAGUGUUUGACCUGAAAUGCAAAUCACAGUGAAAUGAAGCUCAGGCUGCUGGUGUGGUCACUUCAAAACCUGUUUCAAUAAUUAGCAUUACAUACUUGCAUUUCUUAGCUGAAAUAGUAAUUUUGUUCUUUCAUGUUAGACAUGACAAGGCCCUUUUACUGAUAUAAAUAUUUUUUCUUUCUCUUAUAUUUUCAUAAUUUGGCAGGACAGCAAAGACUUUGAGCAUAAAAUGAUUCAAAUAGCAUUUUCAGUGAAAUAUGGAAAUCAUCAGUGUGCAGUGUGACUGUCCUCAAUAUGAACUGCAAUAUACAGAAACCUAUUAAAAUGAAUAAGGUGAAAAGUAGUUCAAUUAAAAGAAAUUGCCAUUAUCUUAUUGGAGUGUAUUAUCACAAAUGACUAGUUAUGGAUUUACACCUUACCAAAAAAAAAAAAAAAAAAAAAAAAAUGGCAUGAC